GACUCGGGCUAAUGGCGGCGCGGGGGAAGCCGGCAGGAGGGGGCGAUAAAGCGGCCGAGGCGGAGGAGGAACGGCGAGUGCUGGAACCCGGGGCUGCCCCGUUCGGAAAUUUCCCUUCUUAUUCCCACUUCUACCCUCCGGAACAACGGCUCCGCCUCCUGCCCCCCGAGCUGCUUCGACAGCUCUUCCCUCCCGAUGGUCCUGAGACGAGGCCGAUUUUGGGGCUCGACGUGGGGUGUAACUCUGGGGAUCUGAGUGUGGCUCUGUACAAACACUUCCUUUCCCUACAUGAUGGGGAGACCUGCUCAGACGCCUCCAGAGAACUCCGUUUCCUGUGCUGUGAUAUAGAUCCAGUCCUGGUAGAACGAGCUGAAAAAGAAUGUCCUUUUCCUGAUGCCUUGACCUUUAUCACUCUGGACUUCAUGAAUCAACAGACCCGGAAGGUUCUCUUGAGCUCUUUCUUAAGCCAAUUUGGAUGUUUGGUUUUUGACAUUGGCUUCUGCAUGUCGAUAACUAUGUGGAUUCAUCUGAAUCAUGGGGACCAAGGCUUGUGGGAAUUCUUAGCCCAUCUUUCCUCUCUCUGCCGCUACCUCCUUGUGGAGCCUCAGCCUUGGAAGUGUUACCGGGCAGCUGCAAGGCGUCUCCGAAAGCUGGGACUCCAUGAUUUUGACCACUUCCGCUCCCUUGCCAUCCGAGGUAACAUGGCAAAUCAGAUUGUACAGAUCUUGACCCAGGAUCAUGGCAUGGAAUUAGUGUGCUGCUUUGGCAAUACCAGUUGGAACCGAAGCCUCCUGCUCUUCAGGGCAAAACAUACCAUGGAGACUCAUCCGAUCCCUGAGUCACUGAUAGAAGAAGAGAAAGAAAGGAACAGAUUUAAGAUUCUGCAGGCAAUGAUAUGAUAAGGCAAAAAAACCAGGAAAGAGAAAUUAAAAUGUUACUACACUGAGAAUUACAUUCAGUUAUGUUUUAUAACAGGCAGCUUCAAAGCCUCACAGAGACUGGGCAUGGUGGCAAAUGCCUGUAAUCUCAGCGCUUGGGAGGCUGAAAACAGGAGUAAC